AUGCAUUCGACAACCUUAGCUGGCUUCCCGGAUACCACUCGCGCUUCGAGCCGCUACCUCCGAACGAACAAACUCUAUUUCGGGUAUCCCAGUUAUGCGGCUCUCCAUUUCAAACCGAAACUGAUCCGCACAUUCUUCUUCACCAGACCCAUCACUGUUUACUCCAAAACCUCCAUCAUCAUCACGUUCGGCUCCGAGCUGAUAUGUGAAAGGGGCAGAAACCAUAAGGGCCGCGAUUAUGUUGCGUGCUGGAGAUACGCGGAGAAGCUGGGUUUCUCAAAUGCACGACACGUGCAUGAUGAUGUGCGAUGGCAGCAACCAUUGAGCACGAGGCCUGAAUCACUGUCGUAUCAAAUUCCGAACGGAUUGUUCAUCGUCGGUGACAACACAGUUGAUAAUUUGGACUCAAAUGUCCUUCCUCGGGUGACUUGGACAUGCUGCAAGGCGACCGGAAAACCGUUCGUCGAGCCUCGCUACCGUCUGAGUUGUGCGCUGCAGGGUGAUGAAAAGCGGGGAAAGAAGAAUCAGAGAUCGCGCUGGCAUCAUGGGGUGUGUAAAUGA